UUUUUAAAGGAAGGGGGUCAUUCCGUGCGUAUUGAUUGCGUGGAUGCUGGAUGUGAAAAUAUAUUAUGUCUGCCUGUGCUUUGCUCGUCAGAGACUAAGGUCAGCUUCCAAUAGACAGCUGGAAACGGCCUGUCACGUGGCCUUGGGGUGCCAAUGUUCUGCCAUAGGGGUGUCAAGACCCUGGUAGCUGGAAAAAUCAUUUUGGGGAGCCCCAGAGAUGCAGAAGACAACCUACUACGACAGCUCCACACUYUUUGGGGGCUAUUCCUAUGGGAGCACCUCCGGGUUCGGCUACGAUGGGCCGCAGCAGCCCUUCCCGCCGGGCGCGCACGUGGAGGGCGACUUCCAGCGCUCCGCCUGCUCCCUGCAGGCCCUCGGCAACGCGGCCCCGCACGCCAAGAGUAAAGAGCUCAACGGGAGCUGCAUGCGCCCGAGUCUGCCCCCGGAGCACCACCCGCCUGCGCCCAUCUCGCCGCCCCCCAACCCUGCCRCCAACAGCACCAGCAGCAGCAGCAAUAACCAGCCUGGGAGCGGCAAAGCCGCCCCUGGCAAAGCCGGCCUCAGUGCGAGCGCCAGUCUCACCAAGCAGAUUUUCCCCUGGAUGAAAGAAUCGCGACAAAACUCCAAACAGAAAAACAGCUCUCCUAGCACAGCAGAAACCUGCAGUGGCGAGAAAAGCCCCCCGGGCUCCUCGGCCUCCAAGAGAGCCCGCACGGCCUACACGAGCGCUCAGCUGGUGGAGCUGGAGAAGGAAUUCCACUUCAACCGCUACCUGUGCAGGCCGCGGCGCGUCGAGAUGGCCAACCUGCUGAACCUCAGCGAGAGGCAGAUCAAGAUCUGGUUCCAGAACCGCAGGAUGAAGUAUAAGAAAGACCAGAAGUCGAAAGGCAUGGGGUCUUCGUCCGGAGGGCCUUCCCCCCCCGGCAGUCCCCCGCAGCCCAUGCAGUCCUCGGCCGGGUUUAUGAACGCCUUGCACASCAUGAGCAGUAACUAUGAUGCUCCCUCUCCGCCUUCCUUCAAUAAGCCCCACCAAAAUGCCUAUGCCAUGCCCACUAGCUACCAAAACCCCAUCAAAGGCUGCCCCUCGCAACAGAAGUACAGCAACACGGCCCCCGAGUACGACUCGCACGUCCUACAGGGGAACGGGGUGGCCUACGGGACUCCCAGCAUGCAGGGAAGCCCCGUCUAUGUUGGCGGUAACUAUGUGGAUUCCAUGGCGGCCUCUGGCCCGUCCAUUUACGGCCUCAAUCACCUGCCCCAUCACCAGGCUGCCAACAUGGACUUCAAUGGGCYGCCGCAGAUGCCCCCGAGCCAGCACCACGGACCAUGUGAGAGCCACCCCACGUACACAGACCUCUCCACGCACCACGCUUCUUCUCAGGGCCGAAUCCAAGAGGCGCCCAAGCUCACCCACCUGUGA